AUGGCCUCCAAGUUGUGUUGCAUGACCGAACAGGACGGCCGGGACAACUCACCCGAGCUGCCCAAUGUCCGCCCCAGCCAUGCUGCACCGGUACAGCAGCCUCUCUUGCUCAAGCAGACUAGCUCGCCAAACUCACAAUUCACGAGCGCUCGCUCUGAAGACCUCCAUGAACUCCAGGAAAUCUUUCACAAAGCCAGUGAUUCCGGCGAGGACCGCGCUACACCGAUGCAGGUGGUUCAUGGACGCUUCAGCCGCCCUUCGAUGCACAGCAUACGUUCAUUACACAAGAUGACGAGCAUGCGUUCCAUCAUCAAACGCAAGUUCUCGAAAAAUUCUCCCAGGAAAGCGGCCAAGAGUCCAUCGCCUCACUUGGACAUGAGAGACAACCAACGCCAAUGCACCUCUGGCACGGUGAUUAAGCAAACGAGAAUUGAGUCAAAGCAACAGCUCCAAAUUACCAAAGAAGACCUUCGAAAGGACCUACUCAGCGACAAGAAGCCAGAUGAGGGAGGCUACGACUCUGAUGCCCAGGUGUUGGACGACGUUGCCAGAAACAUCGGCAAGAAGUCUCCCAACAAAAGACCCAGUAUUCAUAGCGUCGAUUGGGUGACAACUUCCGGAAGCAAACCACCAGCAGCCUCUCUAGUGAACAAAUUUAGCCAGGUAUUAAGUACUCCCAAUCUUCGAUGCGACGUAUCGGGCGGAAGAGGACGCAAAUUGAGGCGUUCGCACUCUGCAGAGUCUAUCGGCCUGCCAAAGCCUUCGCCAAUCUCCCCACUACGACUACCGAGUCUUACAAAUAACGAUUCAAAUGGUAUACCUUGGUCCGAAGCUAUGCAUGAGAGUCUUCGUCUAUCUCGUUUUCCCGCGCCUCCGCGUCUUAUUACCCCAACAACGCCACAGAACGGAUUGGGUAGCGACAAGAAUUUGGCAGACAAUGAAGCUCAUCAUGAACACCAUGACAGAAAUGUUUCCCAGGUUCUAGAUCGAGCACAUGGUAUGACCGCAUCUUCAUCCCGUAUCAUAGACAUUCGUGUUCAGCAACCAACCUCCACUGCUACCCCUAGGCCGUCUACGUCGGUGUCAGGCACGCUCCGUGAAAUAUCGCCUUCGGAAAGCGUUGUUCAAGCCAGGAAGUACCAUGAUGGGAAAGACGAAGACAAUUCACGCCACUCGGUUCACCUCCAUAGCAUGCGCAUCUCGCACCAUUUACGGUCAGGGUCCUCUGGAAUUGCAAGCUCCAAAAUCCCGCCUACAUGGGGCAAGGUCUUGCGUACUGAUGCAGCCAAUCGACCUGAUUUUACGUCUUCUCUCUACUCAAGCAGACCGCAAAGUCCGCCUGGCAGCUUAGGUGGAUCUAUGGUGACCUUACCACUUUCUGGAACAGAAAAUCAGCCUUUUGGUGUCUCGUCCUCCGAUCUCCGGACGCCUAGGCGCUCGGCAUCGUUUCCAACGGACAAUGAGGAGACUCCAAGACCAGUACAGCGCCAUGUUGUCACGACCAUUGUUGCCGCGACGAGCUCUCCGGCGGAAAAUCAGCUGAGUACCGCACCAGUAGUGCCUUUGGCUCGUAAAAACAGCGUUGCAUAUACCAAAGUUUCCAAGUUCCGAGAAGAGUUCAGCCCACCUCCAUCUAAAAAGAAGCUACCACAGUCAUCUUCCUUUAUCAAGUUCCUCAACCCAAAGCGUCUCAGUGUGCGAAGCCAAAGCGAGGCAAACCUCCAGUCCGAAAGCCCUAUUUCUAAUAUGGACGGUCCCUCCGACACACUGGAUGUUUCUUCCGACCGGGAACGUCGACAGUCGCAAUCCCUGUUAAGUCUAAGAGCAGAACAAGAAGCGCUUGGCAAGAACAAGGGCGCGAACCACGUGUGGGAUCGUGCAUUGCAAGCUCACCAAGAGGAGAAGGCAUCUCUCUUCCUUCCCAAGAACAGAGAUCUAGCUAUAACGGCUAGCCCAUUCCGGGAGCGUAGUGGGAGCGUUUCCACCAGGCGGAUCAGUCUGGACCGGGACAUAUCAACUGCUUUUGAGAAACAAGGUGAUGGCGUAGAGGUUGUUGGUGCAUGGGGGCGCUAUCCUUCACACACACGUCAUGACCGAACAGGAUCGGCGGGCAAAGCGGACAACGUACUGCCUCGGGACUUUGCCCUCGAAGCUGCCAUCAAAUUUGCAUCUGGAGCCGGCGACGAGGACUUGAUCGACCCAACGCAGCGCAGACCUUCGACGCCACUGCUACCUGGGGAGAAGAAGAAAAAGAAGAAAGUCGGCGGCGGGCGUAUAAUGAGAAGUAACUCUAUGACGUUUGGCAAAACCCUCAUGAAGAACUAUACCAAGAUGUUCAAGAGUCAGAGUACCGAGUUCAGGAGACAUGGUCGCGGCCAUCGCAGUUCGAUUGCCUCUGGCGGAAUACUCGAGCAUCCCGAACUCGAGCUAUUGCCAGAAUUGUGGGCAGGCACUCUGAACGAAAUCAGGGACGAUCGGGAGCAGCACGAUUGCGAUGAACUCGUUGCACAAGACGGCCAUUCAGGUUAUGCCACCAAGGGCAAAGGCAGAUUGUUCGCGAAUGACUCCAUGGCAACACUGCGUCCACGCCGAAACUCAUCUGCACCCAAUUUCAACGAGUUGUCCUUCAAUGACGGCGUUUCUGAAUCUCAGCAUGCACAUGAUCGUGCUCGUGACUGGUCUGUUUACUAUGAGCAUUGCGUCAAUGCCUAUCCUCAACCAAGCACUAACGCAAGUAUCAUGACUAGUGUUCUCGAAAUUGAUUCGCGAAAUGCCAGCCAGUUGAGCCAUAAAAGUGUUGCCAGUCAGAGCAACGACUGCGCCUCAAGGAGCGGAGACGACUGUGCCGCUGAACAGAAGAGUCUAGUCAGCGUGAGGCGUAGCACCAUGGAUUUGAUAUCGAAAUUCAAGGAUCAGGAAGCCAUAGAGCAUGAGCGAAUUCUGACGCUUAGUCGUAUGGACAGCGAUAGGGCAAAGGAGAGUCUGGCUGCCCUAUGA